UACAGUCAACAACACACGUAGCACAGCACAGAAGUUGGGGCACAAAGCAGCCUGUAAAAUGCAAAGACGCUGCUAGAGAACAGUAACACCGGGGAACCCAUAGUUUCCUCGAAGCUCUUCAGAGGUAUGACACCGAGCUAGCUGAGAGUCGUCAAACUGGGCCGUGCUGAAGAGAGAAAGGACUGUUUGUUUCUGAGUUGGGGUCUGCAAAGGGGAGAGGGGAAAAAUGAAGUUCGCUCAGUUUUUGCUGAAAAACAACUUUGUGGCUGGGAUACCGAAACAAGUGGAUAGGUUUUCUAAGUUUUCUCCAUCUCCCCUGUCUAUGAAGCAGUUCAUCGACUUUGGCUCGGCCAAUGCAUGUGAGAAGACCUCCUUUGUGUUCCUCCGCCAGGAGCUUCCUGUCAGAUUGGCCAACAUCAUGAAGGAAAUUGAUUUCCUCCCUGACAAACUCCUCGGCACUCCAUCACUGAGGCUCCUCACCAGCUGGUAUUCUCAGAGUUUGUUGGAGCUCAUAGACUUUUUAGAAAAAGAUCCAGACGAUAAGGAUGUCCUGAAAAACUUUACACAGACUCUAGUAAACAUCAGGAACCGGCAUAACAACGUGGUGCCCACCAUGGCUCAGGGGGUGGUGGAGUACAAGGAGGCUUUCGGCGUGGACCCCGUCACCAACCAGAACGUUCAGUACUUCCUGGACCGCUUCUACAUGAGCCGCAUCUCCACACGCAUGCUCAUGAACCAGCACACAUUGAUAUUUGACGGCAGUGUAAAUCCGGCCCAUCCCAAGCAUAUUGGCAGCAUUGACCCCACCUGUGACGUUGUGGAAGUAAUAAAAGAUGCCUAUGAAACCUCGAAGAUGCUGUGUGAGCAGUACUACCUGACCUCUCCAGAUAUGAAGAUCACAGAAAUUAAUUCCAAAAACCCUGGCCAGCCCAUCCAAAUUGUAUAUGUGCCAUCACAUCUCUACCAUAUGCUCUUUGAGCUCUUCAAGAAUGCCAUGAGAGCUACAGUAGAGAUGCACGAGACGAGCACGACGUUGCCCUUGAUCAAAGUCCGUGUUUCACUGGGCACUGAGGAUCUCACUAUCAAGAUGUCUGACAGAGGAGGCGGAGUCCCUCUAAGGAAGAUUGAACGUCUCUUCAGCUACAUGUACUCCACAGCUCCCAGUCCAGUCCGCGUAGACAAUGGUCGUAAUGCCCCUCUGGCUGGUUUCGGCUAUGGCCUGCCCAUUUCCCGCCUGUACGCCAAGUAUUUCCAGGGAGACCUGCAGCUCUACUCAAUGGAGGGUUAUGGCACAUCAGCGGUCAUAUACUUGAAGGCCCUGUCUUCAGAGUCUGUGGAGAGACUUCCUGUUUUCAACAAGUCGGCCCUGCGGCAUUACCAGUCCACCACAGAGGCCGAUGACUGGUGCAUGCCCAGCAAGGAUCCAAAGAAGCUCGGCAGGUAUGAGACGAGCGGGUGAUGUCAGACUGAGGAAGGAGAAUGAGGAAAAUUAAGAAGAAGAGAGCACAUGUCGGAGGAACCAAAAAGCUUUCAGCGUGUUGCUGGACUUGGAUUUUUGUCGCGGACUCUUCUCUCUCCCUGAGGGAGGGCGGAAAAAACAAAAGUUUAUUGUUGGUAUGAAGAAAGCGGUAUCAAACCUAAACCUGAAUCUGAUUUCAGACCAGCCGUCACCUAACAUAAGCUCACCCCACAAAAUGUGCUGCUAAUGGGAAUGGAACAAUUAAUAAUCUCCUUUUUACCUCAGUGAUUACGCUCAGAAAAAAAGUCCUCUUUGUGUUUAUGUAACAUUAGUAUCAUUCACAAUCCAGACGUUUGGUUUAUUAAAAUCACAAGUAUUUUGUGUUUGUGCAUUAGGUUAAACGCUUUUGUUUUGUUUUUUGUUUU